AUGUUCGCUGCCUCUGCCUGCGUACGCCACUCAUUCCGUCGGUCGUUCUCCUCGACGGCGAGCAGGAAAGAUGACACGAUGACCCCCAUUCUCACCCUGCUCGGCAACCAGUCCCAGAAACAGCCUGCCAAGAAGCAGGCGCAGUUUGCUGAGCCCCUCCAUAUGUUCCAUUCUGACCAGUUCAUCCACCCGGCGUCCUUGUCCUACAAGGCCUGCACAUCUACCCGGACGCAUCGCAGCAGAGUCGCAGUCGCCCCACCCUCCGCCGUCGCGCGCAAACACGACAUCUUCGCCCAGCUCAAUCUCGACCCUCGUGACUUUACCACAAACCACUCUAUUCUGCACGAGUUCGUGUCAGAGAUGGGAAAAAUAAAGAGCCGCCGCCAGACGCAGCUCACCGUAAAGAGUCAGCGUCUUUUGGGAAAGACUAUUCGGCGUGCAAAAAUGAUGGGCAUUGUAUCGGCACUCAGCAAAUAG